GCAAUGAGCGUUGUCAGCAUCAUGACUUCUGUCAUUGAAGAACUUGAAGAGUCCAAGCUGAGGUGCCCACCCUGCUUGAUCAGCUUGGCUCAGAAGUAUCUUAUCUGGGAGUGCUGCCCCAAGUGGGUGAAGUUCAAGAUGGUCCUCUUCGAACUGGUGACUGACCCCUUUGCAGAACUCACCAUCACCCUGUGCAUUGUGGUGAACACCGUCUUCAUGGCCAUGGAGCACUACCCCAUGACCGAUGCCUUCGAUGCCAUGCUCCAAGCCGGCAACAUUGUCUUCACGGUGUUUUUCACGAUGGAGAUGGCCUUCAAGAUUAUUGCCUUUGACCCUUACUACUACUUCCAGAAGAAGUGGAAUAUCUUCGACUGCGUCAUUGUCACCGUGAGCCUGCUGGAGCUGAGCAUAGCCAAGAAGGGCAGCCUGUCUGUGCUUCGGACCUUCCGUCUGCUGCGGGUCUUCAAGCUGGCCAAAUCCUGGCCCACCCUGAACACACUCAUCAAGAUCAUUGGUAAUUCUGUGGGGGCCCUGGGCAACCUGACCUUCAUCCUGGCCAUCAUCGUCUUCAUCUUUGCCCUGGUUGGAAAGCAGCUUCUCGGGGAGGACUAUGGAUGCCGCAAGGACGGCAUGGCUCUGUGGGAUGAUGAUGAGCAGCUCCGCUGGCACAUGUGCGACUUCUUCCAUUCCUUCCUCGUCAUCUUCCGGAUCCUCUGCGGAGAGUGGAUUGAGAACAUGUGGGUCUGCAUGCAAGUCAGCGAGAAAUCCAUCUGCCUCGUCCUCUUCUUGACUGUGAUGGUGCUGGGCAACCUGGUGGUGCUCAACCUUUUCAUCGCCUUGCUGCUGAACUCCUUCAGUGCUGACAAUCUCACGGCCCCCGAGGAUGAUGGGGAGGUGAACAACUUGCAGGUAGCACUGGCCAGGAUUCAGGCAUUUGGCCAGCGGGCCAGUCAGGCCAUUUCCAGUUACUUCAACAGCCACUGCCGGCUCCGCUGGCCGAAGGUGGAGCCCCCGCUCGGGGUGAAACCCUCCCUCACCAGCUCCAAAGCUGAGAACCACGUUGCUGCUGAUGCCGUGAGCACCGUGGUGGGGAACUCGGCAAAACCAGCUCUCGGUGGCCCCAAGGAGGACCACAGGGACUUCAUCACCGAUGCUAAUGUGUGGGUCUCUGUGCCCAUUGCCGAGGGAGAAUCUGAUCUCGAGGAGCUCGAGGAAGACAUUGAGCAGAAUUCUCAGAGCUCUUGGUGGGAAGAGAGCCCCAAAGGACAGCAGCAGGAACAGCUGCCGCAAGUCCAAAGGUGUGAAGACCACCAAGUACCUAAUAGCCCAGGCUCUGGGAUGUCCUCGGAGGACCUGGCUUCAUACCUGGGAGAGGGACGGAAAAGUGAGGCCACCCCUCAGGUCCCUGCUGAGGGAGUGGAUGACACAAGCUCUUCUGAGGGCAGCACGGUGGACUGCCCAGAUCCAGAGGAGAUCCUGAGGAAGAUCCCCGAGCUGGCGGACGACCUGGAAGAACCAGAUGACUGCUUCACAGAAGGCUGCACUCGCCACUGUCCCUGCUGCAAAGUGAAUACCAGUAAGUUUCCGUGGGCCACAGGCUGGCAGUUGCGCAAGACCUGCUACCGCAUCGUGGAGCACAGUUGGUUCGAGAGUUUCAUCAUCUUCAUGAUCCUGCUCAGCAGCGGAGCGCUGGCCUUUGAGGAUAACUACCUGGAACAAAAGCCCCGAGUGAAGUCUAUGCUGGAGUACACCGACAGAGUGUUCACCUUCAUCUUCGUGUUUGAGAUGUUGCUCAAGUGGGUGGCCUAUGGCUUCAAAAAAUAUUUCACCAAUGCCUGGUGUUGGCUGGACUUCCUCAUUGUGAAUAUCUCCCUGACAAGCCUCAUAGCGAAGAUCCUCGACUAUUCAGACGUGGCAUCCCUCAAAGCCCUUCGGACUCUCCGUGCCCUCCGACCACUGCGGGCUCUGUCUCGAUUCGAAGGCAUGAGGGUAGUGGUGGAUGCGCUGGUAGGCGCCAUCCCCUCCAUCAUGAACGUCCUCCUCGUCUGCCUCAUCUUCUGGCUCAUCUUCAGCAUCAUGGGCGUGAACCUCUUUGCAGGGAAAUUUUCGAGGUGCAUUGACACCAGCAAUAAUCCAUUUUCUGUUGUGAAUUCCACCAUUGUGAAUAACAAGUCUGAGUGUCAAAAUCAAAACCACACUGGCCAUUUCUUCUGGGUCAACGUGAAAGUCAACUUUGACAAUGUUGCUAUGGGUUACCUCGCACUUCUUCAGGUGGCAACAUUCAAAGGCUGGAUGGACAUUAUGUAUGCGGCUGUCGAUUCCCGAGAGAUCAACAGCCAGCCGCGGUGGGAGGACAACCUGUACAUGUACCUCUAUUUCGUCGUCUUCAUCAUUUUUGGAGGCUUCUUUACACUGAAUCUCUUUGUUGGGGUCAUAAUUGACAACUUCAAUCAACAGAAGAAAAAGAUAAGAGGUCAGGACAUCUUCAUGACAGAGGAGCAGAAGAAGUACUACAAUGCCAUGAAGAAGCUGGGCUCCAAGAAGCCCCAGAAGCCUAUCCCACGGCCCCUGAAUAAGUACCAGGGCUUUGUGUUUGACAUCGUGACCAGGCAAGCUUUUGAUAUCAUCAUCAUGGUCCUCAUUUGCCUCAACAUGAUCACCAUGAUGGUGGAGACGGAUGAGCAGAGUGACGAGAAGACAAAGAUCCUGGGCAGAAUCAACCAGUUCUUCGUGGCCGUCUUCACGGGCGAGUGUGUAAUGAAGAUGUUCGCCCUGCGGCAGUACUACUUCACCAAUGGCUGGAAUGUGUUUGACUUCAUCGUGGUGAUCCUGUCCAUUGGGAGUCUGUUGUUUUCUGCAAUUCUUAAGUCACUUGAAAAUUACUUCUCCCCUACGCUCUUCCGGGUCAUCCGUCUGGCCAGAAUUGGCCGCAUCCUCAGGCUGAUCCGGGCAGCCAAGGGAAUCCGAACACUGCUCUUUGCCCUCAUGAUGUCCCUGCCUGCCCUCUUCAACAUCGGCCUCCUGCUCUUCCUCGUCAUGUUCAUCUACUCCAUCUUCGGCAUGGCCAGCUUUGCCAAUGUUGUAGAAGAGGCUGGCAUCGACGACAUGUUCAACUUCCAGACCUUUGGCAACAGCAUGCUGUGCCUUUUCCAGAUCACCACAUCAGCCGGCUGGGAUGGCCUCCUCAGCCCCAUCCUCAACACGGGCCCCCCAUACUGCGACCCCAACCUGAGCAACAACAGUACCUCCAAGGGGAACUGUGGGAGCCCAGCAGUGGGCAUCAUCUUCUUCACCACCUACAUCAUCAUCUCCUUCCUCAUCGUGGUCAACAUGUACAUCGCGGUGAUUCUGGAGAACUUCAAUGUGGCCACAGAGGAGAGCACAGAGCCCCUGAGUGAGGACGACUUUGACAUGUUCUAUGAGACCUGGGAGAAGUUUGACCCAGAGGCCACCCAGUUCAUUGCCUUUUCUGCCCUCUCAGAUUUUGCAGACACACUCUCUGGCCCUCUUAGAAUCCCAAAACCCAAUCAGAAUAUAUUAAUCCAGAUGGACCUGCCAUUGGUCCCUGGAGAUAAGAUCCACUGUUUGGACAUCCUUUUUGCCUUCACAAAGAAUGUCUUGGGAGAAUCUGGAGAGUUGGAUUCUCUGAAGACUAAUAUGGAAGAGAAAUUUAUGGCAACUAACCUUUCCAAAGCCUCCUACGAACCAAUAGCAACCACCCUCCGGUGGAAGCAGGAAGACAUCUCAGCCACUGUCAUUCAAAAGGCCUAUCGGAGCUAUGUGUUACAACGCUCCUUGACGCUCUCCAACCCCCUGAGAGUGCCCAGGGCUGAGGAGGAUGACGCGCCACUCCCUGGUGAAGGCUAUGUCACAUUCAUGGCAAAUGACAGCUGCGGGCUCCCAGACAAAUCAGAAACUGCUUCUGCCACAUCGUUUCCACCAUCCUAUGACAGUGUCACCAGGGGCCUGAGUGACAGGGUCAACAUUAGCAUAUCCAGCUCAAUGCACAAUGAAGAUGAAGUCACCAGUAAGGAGGGGGACAGCCCUGGACCUCAGUGAGGACACUCCAGCAUGCACAGGGCAGGUUUAAAUAUCGUCCUCUGCUGUGGCCUCUUUCCCUCAAGAGGUGGUACUUAUCUACGGCCUUACCCAUGCAUGCCACUGGUCACUGUGCCAGAGCGGAGUGGGGACAUCCUUGAGAAAGCCUCCAUACCAAUAGGAAUCAAAAGACAAGGAUACAUCUCCACUUUGAAGUCUCUUCUGAAUUUCCAGAAAAUGUCACUGCUCCAUUUAUUUUGGUUGUGACUAGAGAUAUGAUUUCCCAUGACCAACUUCUCAGAACCAGAACUUCUAGAGACAUGUGGCAAGGACAUUUCAGAUGGUCUCGGGUAGUCUUAGAGAAGCACAAAAGGAGGGCAUUGCUAAUUCGGGUUUGCAUGACUGCAUGCUCACAGCCUAUGGACAGCACCUGUGAGACAGCCAUUAAAAUGAAUAUUUUUUAAA